UUUUCAAAGCACAUAUGGAGGAGAUUCACAAGACGUCGUCCAGUCCUUUUCACAACGACGAAAAACUACCACCGCGCCAGCGCCAGGUCCCUUGGUAUCGCCGUCACGAAUUCCGCACCCUCGGCGCCGUGGCAGGCACUAUCGCUGUACUCGGCAUCACCCUCGGUGUAGGGCUUGGUGUCGGGUUGACCAAUUCCGCAAAGGCUCCAGAGUCCACUUCCACUGAUACUCCAAACAAACGCUCUGAUCCUCCUGUUGCGACUGCAUCUCAGGGAACAGGAUGUCAUGCCGGGAGUCUGAGUCUGUUGGGACUGAAUCUCAUGGCCAACACAACACCGCUUUGGCAACCUCUUCCCGGAACACCUUGGCAAAUUGUGCUCAACAGUCCCAUUGAUGCUACAAAAGCUCUGCUGCCUGCUCUCUCGGUUUAUGACAUCGAUAUGUACGGCAACACCGCUGCCACCAUCCAACUGAUGCAUCUUCAAGGCAUCAAAGUCAUCUGCUACUUCUCCGCUGGUAGUUGGGAGAUUCACCGACCUGAUGCUUGGAGAUUUCCUCUUCAAGAUAUUGGCAAUGAUCUUAGUGGUUGGCCUGGUGAAAAAUGGUUGAAUACCGAAAGCCAAACUGUGAGAAGUAUCAUGGCAGACAGGAUCAAAAUGGCAGCUGAGAAGGGAUGCGAUGCUGUUGACCCAGACAACAUGGAUGGUUUUAGCUUCUGCAUGGCUUUCACUGGCUGUUCUCAUCAGCUGAAAUUNGAUACUGGCUUUCCUCUCAACUCAAGCACUGCUCUCAACUACCUCUCUUUCCUCUCAUUGACAGCCGCAUCCUACAACAUGGCCAUCGGUCUCAAAAAUGCUGGUACAAUCGCUACAAACGCUACCUGUAUGGUUGAGUUCUCCAUCAUAGAAUCUUCCGGCAAACCAGUCUUUCAGAUCGAAUACCCCUGNGGCGCUCCAGGUGCGGUGAGCAAGCAAGCGCUGGCGCAGAGCUGUAAGAUAAAGGGAAAUCUCGGAUACUCAGAGGUGAUCAAGGGUAAAGAGCUGGGUGGAUGGGUGGAGUAUUGCGACGGCACUGUGUUCAAUACUCCAACGUUGUAU